CAAAGUACAAAAUGGUUCUUUGCAUCAGAAGGAUACAGUUCAUGACAAUGACUUUGAGCCCUACCUUUCUGGACAGUCAAAUCAGGGUAACAGUUACCCCUCCAUGGCCGACCCCUACCUGUCCAGCUAUUACCCGCCGUCCAUUGGAUUCCCUUACUCCCUUAAUGAGGCACCGUGGUCAACUGGAGGGGACCCUCCCAUCCCGUACCUCACCACCUACGGACAGCUCAGCAAUGGCGAUCAUCACUUCAUGCAUGACGCCGUGUUUGGACAGCCUGGGGGCCUGGGGAACAACAUCUAUCAGCACAGGUUUAAUUUUUUCCCUGAAAACCCUGCUUUCUCAGCCUGGGGGACAAGUGGGUCUCAGGGACAGCAGGCCCAGAGUUCUGCUUAUGGGAGCAGCUACACCUACCCACCGAGCUCCCUGGGUGGCACGAUUGUGGACGGGCAGACGGGCUUUCACAACGACACUCUCAACAAGGCCCCCGGGAUGAACAGCCUGGAGCAGGGCAUGGUGGGCCUGAAGAUCGGUGAUGUCACCACCUCUGCAGUCAAGACAGUGGGCUCAGUCGUCAGCAGUGUGGCAAUGACUGGUGUGCUUUCUGGCAAUGGUGGGACAAAUGUAAACAUGCCGGUUUCGAAGCCAACUUCAUGGGCUGCCAUCGCCAGCAAGCCAGCAAAGCCGCAGCCGAAAAUGAAAGCCAAGGGCGGACCUGUCAUCGGGGCCGCACUGCCCCCUCCGCCUAUAAAGCAUAACAUGGACAUUGGCACCUGGGAUAACAAGGGGCCCGUGCCCAAGGCCCUGGCCCCACAGCAGGUGCCUGCUCCCCAAUCUGCCCCCCAGCCUCAACCAGUUGUGCAGCCUCUGUCAGUUCAGCCCCCCCCUUUGGCCCAACCACAGUAUCAGAGUUCUCAGCCAUUGCCCCAAACCCGCUGGAUUGCCCCCCGCAACAGGAAUGCAGUGUUUGGGCAGAGCUCGGGGACUGGGGGUAACAGUCACUCCCCCGGAAGCACCCAGUCUGGUUCUGCCCUGAGCGCAGAAUCCCAUCCAGUCCUUGAGAAACUGAAGGCUGCCCACAGCUACAACCCUAAGGAGUUUGACUGGAACCUGCGGAGUGGCCGCGUGUUCAUAAUAAAGAGCUACUCGGAGGAUGACGUGCACCGCUCCAUCAAGUACUCCAUCUGGUGCAGCACCGAGCAUGGUAACAAGCGCCUGGAUGGCGCCUUCCGCUCCGUCGGCAGCAAGGGACCUGUCUACCUGCUCUUCAGCGUCAACGGUAGCGGCCACUUCUGUGGGGUGGCGGAGAUGAAGUCGCCCGUGGACUACGGCACAAGUGCUGGGGUCUGGUCUCAGGACAAGUGGAAGGGCAAGUUUGACGUGAAGUGGAUUUUUGUCAAGGACGUGCCCAACAACCAGCUCCGCCACAUCCGACUGGAGAACAAUGACAACAAGCCGGUCACAAACUCCCGCGACACCCAGGAGGUGCCCUUAGAAAAAGCAAAGCAAGUGCUGAAAAUCAUCGCCUCCUACAAGCACACCACUUCCAUCUUUGAUGACUUUUCUCACUAUGAGAAGCGACAGGAGGAAGAGGAGGUGGUGCGCAAGGUGAGUUGGGAACGGCAGAAUCGGAACAAAUAGUAAGGAUGAGCCGGUUUCUGUUAUGAUCUAAUGUUUGAUUGAAAAGCCAAGUUUCAGAACGUGUGCUUGGUGCUGUGCCUGGGUCAGCCCAGCCGUCUUCCUGUGCAGGCCUCGUGCUGCCUCUCUGCGUUCUCUGUCGUAUGUUUUUGCCCAGGUGGCUCUUCACUCAUGUGUAUUUUUUCUCUGUAUUAUAGUAUUGUAGAACUCACUAAUAAAGAAAGUUUUCGUCAGCUUAUCAAUCAGAUUGACCUAAUGCGAAAUAUAAAUAUCUUUAAAAAAAAACACCUAAUGCACCCCCAAAGAAUUUUUUUUUUUUGGCAGAAAUUAUGUGCUUGUUCUUAUAUUCAGUCAUCUAACAUCUUUCUUUGAGAUUAUUUCUCACCCCUGUUGCCUCGUCUUGAAUGUAUCGAACCAUGAAUUUUGUCAUGUAGCAUAUGUGUUAAAUACUCUCUUCAAAGUGCAAGUGAGCAAUCACCUGGUUGGGCUGGUUUGCCAUUUUAUGAUCAGUUACCUGUCUAAGAGGCUACUCUGCCAUCUGUUUUUUACUAGAGAAAGAUAAAUUUUAGUUUUCCAGAUUUGGUUACGGCUGUGUUUCCUUGGGCCGCCCACCCUCUCCAACCCUGCACCGGAAUAGCACUGUCCAGCGGGGUGACAGCAGGGCCCGGUGAGCGGAGGUUAGGGUCCAGGGUUCAGGCCCCCUCAAUGUGUGCAACUCAUUGUAACCCUUUAUCUUCUCUUGAGAAUCCUGAUGCCAUCUUACGUUUUUCUACCAGUAAUGCUGAGCUUGUAUUGCUCUGCUCUGGUGGCAGACAGUGUCAUGGAUGGUGCUGCCCACUAAAUCUCACCGCGUGGCUACUUUUCUUUUUCCUGUCAAUUGGUUUUUAAAAAGAAAACAAAAAAACUUUAGACACUGAGUGUUCGGUCAUGUUUUGUGGAGUGAGGGCUGUUGCCCUCACUGUCACCUGGAGUUGAAGCAUGGAAAUGGUGCUCUUGCCCGCCACGCUCGCUCGCACACGCAUCUACACGUGCCCCCUAGAGGACUUGCCGUGUAGAGAGCACAUCUAAAAACUAUUUACUCUGAAUGGCCCUCUGAGUUCAAGUGUAGGUAGGCUGUAUUAUUUAGACUUGUGUUUAGAAUGUGUCCCUUUCUCUGAACUGUUACCACUUGGAUGGAGUCAUGGACAACAUGGGACACUGUUACCUUGAGAAAAGUACAAGCCUUAAUAAACAAUC